AUGAAUAAGAUACAUGAUCUUCAAGAAUGUGAAUUUGGUGAAGUUUCAGGUUCAGUUGCUCUUAAUUUUUCUCAAGUUCAAAUAAUAUUGAAUAAUCUAAUUAUAAGCUGCAAUAAUUCUAUAAAUCUCUUAUAUCAUAUCUUUUUUUGUCUAUUAAUAAUUCUUGCAAUAUAUGAAAGAGAGUAUUAUAAACCUAAAAUCAAUCAAUUCAAAUCUAAUAGAAAUGGUGGUUUACAGUUUUUUCAUUAUAUCUUAAUGAAUAAUCAGCAGAGACUUCAAAAAGGUCAAGCACAUAUAAUUUUAAUUUCUCAUGAUAAUACUAGAUUAUGUAAUAAUAUUCAUUUUUACUUGUCAAAGCAGUCUAAAACUAAUGAUUUAAAAUUUUAUUUACAACCUAAAUUAAACUGGUCAGAAACAAAUGUUUGGUAUAAAAAAAAAUAUGUAGACAAAAAUAAAUUAGCAAGAUUCAUGCAAGAAAUUAGGCAUAUUACAAAUAUUGAUGUUUUAGUUGAAUUACUUUCUAACUAUUCUAGAUAUAAAACUGCUGUUUAUUCAUCUAAUAAUAAUUUGGAAUCUCAGAUUCCUUUUCAAGAAAUUACUACAGACUUAAAUAAUAUAGAUAUUUCUAGA